AUGCAGGAACAUGUUAGUGUUACCAAUGAUGACCCUGACAAAACUGGGUGUCUUGUGGAAAGUUUCCAUGCUCUCUCUUCCUCUGUCUGCCUGUAGAAACAGAGGACUACACUGCAUAGAGAACCUUCUCCUUCCUGGAUUGCCUGAUGAUUGCUAUCCUCAUGCCAAGCAAAGGACGAAUGUGAAACUAAUUAAUCUGGUUUUGAGCACUAAAGGGGAGGUUGACACUGUGGACUAUGUGAGUAGUGAGAUUAAGUAGUUGAAUAUUAGAACGAUUCGCUACUGAUCAUUCUCUGUGACAUUUAACAUUGUGUUCACUGUGCAUUUCAGCAGGGAAACACUGGGCUUUACUAUGCCUGUCAGAGGAAAAGUCACAGUCUCAUUCCAUUGCUACUGGAGAAAAAUGCAGACGUUUCAAUAAAAAACAAGUAUGAGGCCGUUUUUGCA